AUGGAGAGACGGAGUGACACGUCUUUCUCACGGAAGAGGAGUUUUACGUUUGGAGCGUAUGGAGGGAUUGAUCGGUUCAUCAGUGACAGUGAGAGCAGUCGCUCUGAGUCUGUUGGUCACAGCAUUCUGGAUAUUUUAGACUCUCCAUCCAAUGAGACUAAACCCUUCGUCCCCACAAACUCCACCCAGAAGGUGACGGAGCUGUUCGAGAUCAUUGAGAAGCUGCAGGGCAGCAGAUUAGAUGAACAACGCUGUGAGUUUCCUCCACCUUUUAAAUCACGGCUGUUGAGGAUAGGGGACGGUCUGCCCCUCAUUCUGCCCCCAAAAUCUGGAGGUUACUGGAUCGACCCUCCUUUAGACAAACGUGUGGAGACGAGUCCCACUUCCUUCAGUCCCUCCUUCGGCCUCGAAUCCUACGACAUCAUGGAGCGAGACAGCGAGGCCAAGAUCUACCAGGAGUUUUUCAGACACAGGUACCAUCACACUUUCACUGCAGUAGAUCCCUCACUCGGGCCACUCGUUCUUUCCGUCUGUCUGGAGGAGGAGGAGAACCGACUGAGGGUCAUUCUCAGGAUGAACGAGUGCUCUCUGCACGCCACCUUCUCCAUCUUUCUCUUCCAGAACUUUCCAACAGCUGUGGAGCUCACAAAGAUGCUGUGUUCCAGUGUCACUGUGUCCAACUUUGAAGUGGUCAGUUACCUGAAGGCUCCAGAGCUGAUAACAGCAUUUGAUGAACACAGAAUGUCUCAAAACUUCAAAUUUGGUGUUUUAUAUCAGAAGGAAGGACAAUUAACAGAGGAGGAGAUUCUCAGUAAUAAUGAAGAGAGUGAGGAGUUUAAACACUUCCUGUCUAUUCUGGGACAAACCGUUAAACUACGAGGAUUCACCGGCUUCAGAGGGGGUCUGGAUGUGUCACAUGGCCAAACAGGAAGUGAAGCGGUGUUCACAUCCUUUCACGGCCGUGAGAUCAUGUUCCACGUAUCAACUAAACUGCCCUUUACAGAUGGAGACACGCAGCAGCUCCAGAGGAAGCGUCACAUCGGUAAUGACAUCGUGGCCGUAGUGUAUCAGGAAGGCAAAACGCCUUUUCUCUGUGAUGUCAUCAGCUCCCACUUCCUGCACUGCUUCAUCGCUGUGAGGAGGGUCAAACGAGAAAACGGGGCAGAUGGAGGGGACGGGGGGGCAUUUCAGGUGUCCAUCACAGCCAGAGAGGAUGUGCCCCCGUUUGGCCCGCCUCUCCCAAACCCUCCUAUAUUUACUGAGGGUUCUGUGUUCCGCGAGUUUCUUCUUUCCAAACUGAUCAACGCGGAGAUUUCAUGUUACCGAGCUGAGCGCUUCAGUAAACUGGAGCUGCGCACUCGUUGCUCUCUGUUGGAGGCACUGAGGUCUGAGCUAUCCUCACGCUCCCACUGCAUGAUGGGAAACGCAGCACCACCCACCAGCACAGUAGCCCCGCCUCCAGAAGCAGGAGGGGGAUUCAUUGAAAACUUUAAAAGAGCUAUACGGGUGCGCAGUCACUCUUUUGACACAUUGGGAGUUGUAAAGAAGACAGGAGGCCAGAAACAACGGGAUGCUGAGAGGUAA